AUGACAACUUCCCUUGUUUGGACUGAGUUGCCUGGAUUCCAGAAUAGGAGGUGGCCUGCUGUUGAGAACCUGAAGCUUGGGGAAAAGGAGUCCAGCAGGUUCUCAUGCGGGGCCACGAUGUCAGAUAUCAUGGUGAAUUUGAAGUCCUUUCAGUCUGAGCAUGCGGUGGAAGAAAGUGAGCAGCCCUUGCUGUGUUUGAGAAGCCGCUGCAAGGGGCUGAUGGUGAAUGCAUGUGCCCAUGCUGUCUUCUUCUGCAAGAUGCUCCAUGCCCUCAGGCAGAAAGCGAGUGGGAAGGUUUCACUGAUUUCCUCCAAGGAAUCCAUGGGCAGUGAAGGCCCGAAGGUUGGGAUUAUUGGUGGAGGCCACAUUGGAAAGCAGCUGGCCAGGGCACUACUGGAGCUGAGUGGCAUUUCGGCUCAGAAUAUCCACAUCUCCACCAGGAGGCCAGAGACUCUGUCAGAGUUCCAGCAGCUGGGAGUCGAAUGUUUUUAUGACAAUGGCCAGCUCGUGGCCUGGGCAGACAUUGUGUUUCUUUGUUGCCUCCCAUCUCAUCUACAGCACAUCUGCUCAGGAAUUCGUGCUGCUCUCCGGGAACCCUGCAUUGUGUACAGCCUGGUCACUGCUGUCCCGCUGCCCAGGUUGAAGCAACUCCUUUCCUACAGUGCCAUCCUGAGGCCACAGUACCACUGCACUAGCAGAAACUUAGAGAAUAUGUGGGGGACAAAUGGGACAAUCAUAGCUGCACUCCAAGACCCUAUUGUUAUACAGGCUACCUGUCCCUGUAGCCCCAAAGAGAGAAUUGCUGUCACUGGCAAGUGGUUGGAGGCCGUUUUCUAUGCAGCCCUGAACAGCUGUAUGUGGCGGCACCUGCCCCACCAGCACGCACUGAAGUUACUGAAUGACGUAUGUUUCCCUGAGCACUGCCCCAUCUGUGCAGAGCAGAAUACCUCUUGCCCACGGUUUGUGUGUGGGAACUUUGUCAACCAAACUUUUGUCUCCUCCCUGACUCAAGAGGACACCUUCCCCUGGUUUGACCUGACAACUGUACAAAUGAAGGAGUCUCCCUUCAGUCAGCUCCUAGCAAGGAGUGUGCUUCUCCAGAACCAUCUUACUUUGUUGUACUGUACCUCCUUUGGAGUUUUGCUUGCAAAGAGUAGAGGGAUGGCCAGCAGUGGCCUCUGGCAGCAGAAUGUCUUCUCUUUCUGCCGCAGCAGAUCCAAGUAUGGUGCUGGGUCAUGAGUCAAUGUCCACCCACAACUGCUAUUGAUGUGGCUUGGAAAGAAGACCAGGAGAUGUUCCUAACACUGAUUCUGAAGCUUCAUACAGUGUAACGACAGUGUGAUUCCAAACCUCCAGGGAUGGAACUGCUUUGCUAAGGUUUAAUGCUGAAGAGAACUGUGGCAGAGAUUAAGACCCCUUUCCUACCAGUUCCCAUUGUAGGAUCCAUAUGGUUGUGUGUGGUGGAGGAAUGUACGGUGAGGACUUUGUCCUGCAGUGGAAAGGAUAAAGCUGGAAUGGCAUGUAAACC